AUGAAUCGCAAGAUUAUUGAAGUAAAACAGUUACGAGGAGACUGCAAAGUGGUGGAGGCAGCCCCAGACCAGGUUGUGUACAUUGCGGACAUUGUAGAAUCGCAGGUGAUAAUAAAGGGGUCAUGCAUGAAAGUAGUCGCAAUCGAUGUUCACAAGAGCAUGAUUGUAAUUAAGAAGGCCAUGACAACAGUGGAAAUAGCCCGGGCAAAAAGCUCGCUGUUUGUUGUGGGGGGCAGCCCGCUCACGUCUCUUGAGCAGUGUAUAGAGUGCCGCAUGGGCACAGUGGAGAGUCCUACAGAGAUACGCAUGCGGCGGUGUAUGUCGAUUUCUCUGGUAUAUCUGAAGGGGGUGGACACAGACAAAGAAACCGUUAGUCUCUUGAUGGAAUGUGCCAGAGCGCAGAAGAGCAGCACCUUCCAGACGAGAUACAGACGGUUGUAGAGAACGGGGUGGCUCAAAGCAAUAUAAUAAAAAAUGGAUAGGGCAAUAGGUACAGGUAGCC